AACAAUUGAGUUAGUUGUGCAGGGUUCUUUUCUUUUUCUUCUUCUGUUUCCCCCCACCCCUCCCUUUGUUUGGAGCAUGAGCUAACACCACAACUGACUGUUACUUCCUGGCCCCGGUUUCAUGCAUGUAGGGGGAGAGAGACAAGUCGAUGCCAGCAGUAGCCGGAGGACCUCAGCUUCUUCUUAUACUCCUUCGCGAAAAGAGAGCUCCAAGGCACUGGAGAAGAACCGGGAGCUGCUGAUCGCAAAGACCUUCCAAAGGCCCAGAUGAAGGAGCCCAGAUGAGUAACGCCACGUGCAAUUCCACGGCCAUGCAAUACAAAGACAGCCAGCAUCUUCUGGUUGCGGUAUACAGCACCGUCUUUAUCAUAGGCAUCCCAACCAACUGCUUAACUGCCUUCUUGACGCUCGUUCAGAUUCGCAAGGGAACCAUCGCUGCCGUCUACCUCUUCGGCCUCUCCCUUUGCGAACUGAUGUACCUGUGCACCCUCCCUCUUUGGAUCCUGUACGUACAAAACGGCCGCGAUUGGAAGCUGGGGGACCUAUCUUGCCAGGUGACAGGAUACAUCUUUUUCUGCAACAUCUACAUUAGCAUUUUAUUGCUGUGUUGCGUCUCUAUCGACCGCUACGUGGCGGUCGUGUACGCGCUGGAAAGUAGAGGGAUACGGCGCCAGAGGACGGCUGCGAUAGUCACCACCUCCCUCUUUGUCACGGUUGCUGUGAUCUAUUGCCCCGUUUUUUUCCAGGAAGAAAUACAGCAAACGAAGAGCAAGAUCUGCUUUGAAACGCCGCUCAACCGCCGUAUAGCCUAUUACAACGUGGCACGGUUCUUUGUGGGCUUCCUCGUUCCAUUCACUCUGCUCCUUUUCAUGAACUACCGGAUCUUCCGGUGUAUCAAGAGCAGCUGCAGCCUCAGCCCACCCCAGAAAACAAAAGUGAAGCACCUGGCAAUUGCCAUCAUUGCCAUAUUCCUGGUCUGCUUCGCCCCUUACCAUGUGGUGCUCCUCAUCAGGUCCGGAGUCUACUUUCUCCGCCCAGCGGAGAGCUGCAGUUUCGAGAGAGGCGUCUACACGAUCUCUGUAGUGUUCCUCUGCUUCUCCACCGCCAACAGUGUGGCCGACCCCUUCCUCUACGUGCUGGCUAGCGAGAACGCCAGGCGUGAAAUUUGCCGGGCUUUCGCGGCGUGUGGGAUUUCGCUGUCCAGCAGCUCCAAGACGGACAGCAGCAAGGCCGACGAUUCCCAAAGGCCGCCGAAGGAGAUAGGAAAUAAAGAGGGCAGGUAGCACCACCUCCUCUGCAGAACUUGUUUGUUAAAAAGCAAGUGGGUGGGAGGCAAUGCCUUCAUCUUCCCCUUGUGUCACUUGGGCUGAGUCACAACUUGCCCACUUUGGGGGAUAAGCACUGCCCAGUGCACAGUGCGGUCUCGUUUGCAUUGUGCGCGAUGAAUCGCCCUUUCAGCAAAUCCUGGCUGUUUUGCAUAUCAGGAUGAUGUCAUGAUGUCGUGAUUUGCAGCUGAAUCUGGGGAAUGCUUGUUGAUGCACCAGUGAAGGACCCCACAACACUGGGAGACCCUGCUGGUGAGGAAGCUGGCGUCGCUUGUGCAUGGUUUCUUAUUUAUUGUCCCCUGUACCAAGAGGAAAGGGUUGGAUUACAGCAGUUCAAGAGAAUUCUAAAUGCAGAGAGGAAACUAUUGCAUUACCUCUUUGGGAUAUCCUUUUUUUGUGUGCGAUAUUGGACCUUGUACAAAAACUCACAAGUUUGU